AUGGCAUUCAGCGGCCAAACACCCACAAUCAUCGUGCUGAAGGAGGGGACGGAUGCUUCGCAAGGAAAGGGACAGAUUCUAUCCAAUAUUAACGCCUGUGUCGCUGUACAGAACACGAUCAAGAGCACCCUAGGCCCCUAUGGCGGGGACCUAUUACUGGUAGACACGAACGGAAAACAGACAAUCACAAACGAUGGAGCGACAGUAAUGAAGCUACUUGAUAUUGUCCACCCCGCCGCCCGCAUCUUGACCGACAUCGCACGAUCACAGGACGCAGAGGUUGGCGAUGGAACUACCUCCGUUGUCGUUUUGGCGGGUGAAAUCCUACGAGAAGUCCGCGAUCUAGUAGACCAGGAUGUUAGUGCUCAGACGAUCAUAAAGGGCUUGAGAAAAGCGAGCGCCAUGUGCAUCAACCGGAUCAAGGAGAUUGCGAUCGAUAUGAAGGAUGCUGCUGGCGGAGAGGCGAAGAAGAUCGAGACGCUCAGACGGCUGGCGGGGACUGCGAUGAACAGCAAGCUGAUUAAACGGAAUUCAGAUUUUUUUACAAAGAUGGUCGUUGAUGCUGUCCUCCCGCUGGACCAGGACGACUUGAAUGAGAAGCUUAUUGGAGUCAAGAAGAUCACUGGCGGCGCGCUGCAGGAUUCCCAAUUUAUCAACGGUGUUGCGUUCAAGAAGACCUUUUCGUACGCUGGUUUCGAGCAGCAGCCAAAGGCUUUUAAAAACCCCAAGAUAGUCUGCCUCAACGUCGAACUAGAGCUGAAGAGCGAAAAGGACAACGCAGAAGUCAGAGUCGAACAGGUGUCGGAAUACCAGGCCAUCGUCGACGCCGAAUGGCAGAUUAUCUACAACAAGCUGGAGGCCCUGUACAAGACCGGUGCAAAAGUCGUGCUCAGCAAGCUCCCCAUUGGCGAUUUGGCAACACAAUACUUUGCGGACCGAGAUAUAUUCUGUGCCGGCCGAGUCUCGUCUGACGACAUGGAACGUGUGAACAAGGCCACUGGAUCUUCAACGCAGUCGACCUGCACCGACAUCCAGGAGCACCAUCUCGGCAGCUGCGGCAGCUUCGAAGAGCGUCAGAUUGGCGGCGAGCGCUUCAACAUCUUCGCUGAGUGCCCUGGCGCUAAAACAUGCACUCUCAUCCUGCGUGGUGGUGCCGAGCAGUUCAUCGCCGAAGCGGAACGCAGUCUGCACGAUGCCAUUAUGAUCGUGAAGCGAGCACUACGGAAUACUAACGUUGUUGCUGGUGGUGGUGCCACGGAGAUGGACCUGUCCGGUUACAUCCACCGGUAUGCCGACGUCAACGUCCCCCACAAGCAGCAGGCGGUCGUCAAGGCCUUCGCAAAGGCACUGGAGGUGAUCCCCCGCCAGCUGUGUGACAACGCCGGCUUCGAUGCCACCGACAUCCUCAACCAGCUCAGGGUGGAGCACAAGAAGGGCAACAUCUGGGCCGGAGUCGACUUUGACAAGGAAGGCGUACGAGACAACAUGAAGGCCUUUGUCUGGGAGCCCAGUCUCGUCAAGGUGAACGCCAUCCAGUCCGCAGUCGAGGCCGCCUGUCUUAUCCUCAGCGUCGACGAAACCAUCAAGUCAGCUCAACCACAGGGCCCUCCACAAUCACUACCGCAAGGCGCAGCCCAGCGAGUGCUCCGAGGUGGCCGAGGCCGCGGCAUGCCCCGACGAUGA